GGACGAAGAGGCUUAGGUUCAGUCUUCGUUUGGGCAUCUGGAAAUGGUGGAAGAAGUCGUGACCACUGCUCCUGUGAUGGCUACACCAACAGCAUCUAUACUAUCUCCAUAAGCAGCACCGCUGAAAGUGGGAAGAAGCCAUGGUAUCUGGAAGAAUGUGCAUCCACACUAGCUACAACAUACAGCAGUGGAGAAUCCUACGACAGGAAAAUUAUCACCACAGACCUGAGGCAGCGUUGCACAGACAGCCAUACCGGAACCUCAGCCUCUGCACCUAUGGCUGCUGGCAUCAUUGCACUGGCACUGGAAGCAAAUCCAUUUCUGACCUGGAGAGACAUACAGCAUAUUAUUGUCAGAACUUCACGUGCAGGACAUCUGAAUGCUAAUGACUGGAAAACGAAUGCAGCUGGUUAUAAGG